AUGGUAGGGCAAGAAUGGGUGAUAGAACGAGAUAUUUAUGAAUUGCAGCUGCAAGAGGACGACGGAGCACGGCGAACGUCUGAAAUGCUUGGCAUUGCAGUAGAUAUACAUAGAAAUCAGAGUCAGUAUCCCGAUCCCGAUUUCUCCGAUUUUUCCCUGGUUCCACAACUGGUAUUCCUCGUUGUCGUUGUGGUAACAAUUCAAGGACAUGAUGAGCCCGAGCCCGAGUCUUCAAUGGCCUGGGCUAUGGAGGAGGAUUAUAGGGCAUUGCAGUUUGUUCCCGCAACACAGUCAUCUCUAGACGCCUUGGAGGAGAUGAUAUUUGAUAGUUCUGGUUCUAUUGAAAAAUGUUCGAUUUGUUUGGAGAUGUUUUGUCACGGGGAGUCGAUCGUUAGCAUGCCAUGUUAUCAUCUAUAUCAUGGAAUUUGCAUUCAUCAGUGGCUAAAGACCAGCCAUUACUGUCCCCUGUGCCGUUUUGAGAUGCAAACCUAA